AUGACCGAUGCAGGCGGCCUUUUCGGCUUUGCCCGCCUGGUCUCCGUGGCUAUGUGGGAAGAACAGUUUUCCGACUCCCUCUUAGAGCAGGUCAAUCGCGAUCGACACAGCCUCAUCCCGCUUUCGAGCCCGGGUGAACCCAUAUUAGAUCACUCCCACCAUACCCGUCUCCCAAUCACCGAUGCGCAGCCCGUCGUGCGCCCUGAUCAGCCCAGUGGCAUUUUCUUGCGCUUUACCGCUGCCAAUAUGGCUGAGCUGAAGGUCGUCGCUAGUCAGUCUAUGACCCCAGACCCAUAUGUGCCCUACAGUACAACCGAUGAUGCCGUCAGUGCUUUCUGUUGGAAGAAGUACAUAUCAAUUCGGCAUCGGCGAUGGAACACGCCAGGCGCGCGCUCCCCGUUCUCGCGAGCCAUAGACGGCCGAGAAGAGCUGGUUGAUCUCCCGCUUGGCGAAGCUGCUCGCCACAUGCGCCGUGAACUGAACCGGGCGAAUACCGCUUACCAUGUGUGGAGCUUUGCGACAUUCAUCACGCAGAAGCCUGACGAAUCUACCAUUGCGGUGGGCGCUUCAACCCAAACACGGACGUGGGAUCCUCAUCGGUGCUACGCGUGGAUCUGUUCUCGAUGUUUGGAAAGCUCGGGGGACCUGACUUUCCUGGCAUCCAAUUUCUCAGCUUCAAAUCAGAGCCUGGAGUAG